AUGAGCGUCGCAGCACCUGAACAGCCCUUGACAGUUGUGAUCGUGGGCGCCGGCCUCGCAGGCGCCCUCGCCGCCCGCGUCCUGCGGGAAAAGCACACCGUGAAACUCUACGAGCGCAUGCGAACGCCCCUUGAGGUCGGAGCAGCUAUUAACAUCGGCCCUAAUGGUGUGCGGAUUCUGGAUUCGCUCCAUUUUGACCGUGUAAGGGCAGGCUCGCUGGCCGUGUGCGGGACCAAAGUUUGGAAUAGAGCGGGGGAGCUCCUGAUGGACAAGCACACCAAUUAUAAGGACCAGUAUGGCGCCGAUUGGCUAUUCCAGCACCGAGCGGAUCUUCGAGCUGAGUUCCUGAGAAUGGCUACCGCGGAUCCUUCUUCGGACUCGGACGCAGAUUCGUCCGGUGGUGGCGGUUCCGACACGCACAUUCCUGGCCGUCCAGCGCAAGUCUUUUGGAAUUGCCCUGUGGAAGAGGUGGACCCUGAAAAAGGGACGGUUAUUCUUGCAUCUGGCGAGGAAGUCACCGCAGAUCUUGUCAUAGCCGCCGAUGGAAUCAAAUCAGUGGUCCGGCCAACAGUCGUCGGGGACGCUGCGUUCUCAACUGCAAGGCCGUCUGGUCUCUCUGCAUUCCGCUUUACAUUGCAAGCAGGGGCUGUCCAGGAGGCAACAGGCGAGCUCCCGGAUCUGCUCCAGGCAGACAAGACGGUCUGUCUCUCCAUGGUGCACUCGUUCGACGGGACAAAGCGAUCAAUCGUCAUGUACCCCUGCCGCAACUUUCAACUGCUCAAUUUCGUCUGCAUCGUUCCGGAUGAAAUGUUGAAGAAUGAAACCACCGAGUCCUGGACUGCAGCAGGGGACAAGGACGAGCUGUUGUCAAUCUUUGGCGAUUUCCCGGCAUGGGUCGUCACUUAUCUCAGAGUUGCAACAGAAAUCAAGCUCUGGCAACUACGCGAUCAGGACCCGCUGCCAACCUACAUUCGCGGCCGCACAGUCCUAAUUGGGGACGCUGCACACGCCAUGACACCACACCAGGGUCAAGGUGGCACACAAGCGGUCGAAGACGCCGAAGGCUUUCGCCUGUUCCUGCAGCCUGGGAUCACAAGAGACGAUGUUCCACGGCUAUUAAAGGACUUUGAUCGUGUUCGAAGGCCCCGCGCUAGCAGGAUCCAGGAGAAUACUCGAAAGGCUGCCGACAAGCGCACGGCGGAGGAGGUUUAUAUGUACGAGAAAAUAAAUUGGACAUAUGGUGGAAUUUUUGAAGAGCUGGACCGGUUGGACCUAAGCAAGUAA